CCCCUCCUUCGGAGCGUCAGCUUCCUUGAUCUCCCCACCUUUAGCUAUACCAACGAGAGGACACCGCCAGCAUCUAGAGCAGCCCGGCUAGGAGCGGGACUGAGUAGCAAGAACGUGAAAGGAAGCCGUGCCUUCCUAUCCCCAAGCCAUUCUAGACACGGGAAAAAUGCUUUCUGAAAGCAGUUCAUUUUUGAAGGGUGUGAUGCUCGGAAGCAUUUUCUGUGCUUUGAUCACUAUUCUAGGACACAUUGGAAUUGGUCAUGGAAAUAGAAUGCAUCACCAUGAGCAUCAUCAUCUACAAGCUCCUAACAAAGAAGAUAUCUUGAAAAUUUCAGAGGAUGAACGCAUGGAGCUCAGUAAGAGCUUUCGGGUAUAUUGCAUCAUCCUUGUAAAACCCAAAGAUGUGAGUCUUUGGGCUGCAGUGAAGGACACUUGGACCAAACACUGUGACAAAGCAGAGUUCUUCAGUUCUGAAAAUGUUAAAGUAUUUGAGUCAAUUAAUAUGAAAACAAGUGAAAUGUGGUUAAUGAUGAGAAAAGCUUACAAAUAUGCCUUUGAUAAGUAUAGCAACCAAUACCACUGGUUCUUUCUUGCAUGCCCCACUACAUUUGCUAUUAUUGAAAACCUAAAGUAUUUUUUGUUAAAAAAGGAUCCAUCACAACCUUUCUAUCUAGGUCACACUAUAAAAUCUGGAGACCUUGAAUAUGUGAGUGUGGAAGGAGGAAUUGUCUUAAGUAUAGAAUCAAUGAAAAGACUUAACAGCCUUCUGAAUGUCCCUGAAAAGUGUCCUGAACAGGGAGGAAUGAUUUGGAAGAUAUCUGAAGAUAAGCAGCUAGCAGUCUGCCUGAAAUACGCUGGAGUGUUUGCAGAAAACGCAGAAGACGCAGAUGGAAAAGAUGUAUUUAAUACCAAAUCUGUUGGGCUUUCUAUUAAAGAAGCAAUGACUAAUCAUCCCAACCAGGUAGUAGAAGGAUGUUGUUCAGAUAUGGCUGUUACUUUUAAUGGACUGACUCCUAAUCAGAUGCAUGUGAUGAUGUAUGGGGUAUACCGUCUUAGGGCAUUUGGACAUCUUUUCAAUGAUGCAUUGAUUUUCUUACCUCCAAAUGGUUCUGAUAAUGACUGAUAAAUGGAAAAAGAGCAUGUGUUACUAUAGCGGUACAUACUUUUUUUUUUUAAUCUGGUGGCACUGGUAUAAUUAGACAUUAAAGUUUAUUAGUAUGUUUUUAAAUAGGGUGGUAUUUUUUCCUUAAAAGACAAUUUAAAUGUGUUAAAAUGUUUUAAGAAUUAUUUU